AUGGACGUGGAUGUGGAUGUGGACGUCGACGUGGACGUCGACGUGGACAUGGACGUGGACGUGGACGUGGACGUGGACAUGGACGUGGACGUGGACGUGGACGUGGACGUGAACAUGGACGUGGACGUGGACGUGGACGUGAACAUGGACGUGGACAUGGACGUGGAGGACUUGGACGUGGACAUGGACGUGGUCGUGGACAUGGACGUGAACAUGGACAUGGACAUGGACAUGGACGUGGACGUGGAUGUGGACAUAGACGUGGACAUGGACGCGGACGUGGACGUGGAACCGGACGUAGACAUGGACAUGGACAUGGACGUGGACAUGGACAUGGACAUGGACGUGGACAUGGACGUGGACGUGGACAUGGACGUGGACGUGGACGUGGACGUGGCCUUGGACGUGGACAUGGACGUGGACGUGGACGUGGACGUGGACAUGGACCUGGACGUGGACGCGGACGUGGACGUGGACACGUGGAGGUGGACGCGGACGUGGACGUGGACGUGGACGGGGACAUGGACGUGGACGUGGACGUGGACAUGGACGUGGACAUGGACGUGGACGUGGACGUGGACGUGGACGUGGACAUGGACGUGGACAUGGACGUGGACAUGGACGUGGAGGACUUGGACGUGGACAUGGACGUGGUCGUGGACAAGGACGUGGACAUGGACAUGGACAUGGACGUGGACAUGGACGUGGACACGGACGUGGACGUGGACGUGGACAUGGACAUGGACGUGGACAUGGACGUGGAUGGACGUGGACGUGGACAUGGACGUGGACGCGGACGUGGACGUGGACGUGGACGCGGACGUGGACGUGGACGUGGACGCGGACGUGGAUGUGGACGUGGACAUGGACAUGGACGCGGACGUGGACGUGGACGUGGAGGCGGACGUGGACGUGGACGUGGAUGUGGAGGUGGAAGUGGACGUGGACGUGGAGGUGGUCGUGGAGGUGGAGGUGGACGUGGAGGUGGAGGUGGACGUGGACGUGGACGUGGACCUGGACGUGGACGUGGACGUGGACGUGGACCUGGACGUGGACGCGAACAUGGACAUGGAUGUGGACGUGGACAUGGACAUGGACGUGGACGUGGACGUGGACGUGGACGUGGACACGGACGUGGACGUGGACGUGGACGCGAACGUGGACGUGGACAUAGACAUGGACGCGGACAUGGACAUGGACGCGGACAUGGACGUGGACAUGGACGUGGACGUGGACGCGGACGUGGACAUGGACGUGGACGCGGACGUGGACAUGGACGUGGACGCGGACGUGGACAUGGACGUGGACGCGGACGUGGACAUGGACGUGGACGUGGACAUGGACGUGGACGUGGACAUGGACAUGGACAUGGACAUGGACAUGGACGUGGACGUGAACGUGGACGUGGACGUGGACGUGGACGUGGACGUGGACGUGGACGUGGAUGUGGACGUGGACGUGGACGUGGAUAUGGAUGUGGACAUGGACGUGGAGGACGUGGACGUGGACAUGGACGUGGACGUGGUCGUGGACAUGGACAUGGACAUGGACAUGGACAUGGAUAUGGACGAGGACGUGGACGUGGACGUGGACGUGGACGUGGACAUGGACGCGGACGUGGACGCGGACGUGGACGUGGACGUGGAUGGACGUGGACGUGGACCUGGACGUGGACGCGGACGUGGACGUGGACGUGGACGCGGACGCGGACGUGGACGUGGACGUGGACGCGGACGUUGA